AUGUCGACCUUCGAGCCAGUCAUCACGAUCGAUGCCAAGGGUCACCUUCUUGGUCGACUUGCAAGCACUGUUGCAAAGCAGUUGCUCAACGGCCAGAAGAUCGUCGUUGUACGAUGUGAGGCCUUGAACAUCUCUGGAGAGUUCUUCCGUGCGAAGCUCAAGUACCACGCCUACCUCCGAAAGAUGACCAGAUACAACCCAACCCGUGGAGGUCCUUUCCAUUUCCGUGCCCCAUCCAGAAUCUUCUACAAGACCGUCCGUGGUAUGAUUCCUCACAAGACCGCCCGUGGUGCCGCCGCCAUGGAGAGACUUAAGGUUUUCGAGGGUGUUCCACAACCAUACGACAAAGUCAAGCGCGUUGUCGUUCCCCAAGCUUUGAGAGUGUUGAGAUUGAAGCCUGGACGCAAAUACUGCACUGUCGGUAGAUUGAGCCACGAGGUCGGAUGGAAAUACCAAGAUGUUGUCGCUAGACUUGAGGAGAGAAGAAAGGUUAAGAGCGCAGCAUACUACGAGCGCAAGAAGGCAGCACGCAAGCAGCUUUCAGAAGCCCAGAAGUCCGCUAAGAUCGACGAUAAGACCAAGACUGAGUUGGCUGCUCUCGGCUAUUAA